AAAAAUUAUACCUUUGACUAGGAAUCAAUUUUAAAUAUUCAUGAAAAAUACGAUAUGCUAAUAAUCUGAGAGCCAAUUACGACAUCGUUGAACACACGAACAUUUGCGUCACCGAAGGACUAACGACAAUCAGUUUGAGGAAAUCUAUUUUGUAAGACUUGUCUAAACAAGCUGCUUAAUGAAACUAUGUAUGUUAAACUAGUAAAACAUAUUUGCUAGAAUGAUACGGCCUUCGAUGGUCAAGAAAGUGAUUAUUAUUUUGAGUGCUGUAUUCAGUUUUAACAUGACAUUGGCUCGGAACGACUCGAUGUCUUGUCCUUCCAUUCUGAACAUCACCAUCAAUUGGAUAGAACUUAUGCCAUUCUUGUUCUUUAGCUUGGAGUACAACAACAAAACGGGGCUGGCCGCCGGUUAUUUACCGUAUUAUAUGCAGCGUGCUUCUAACAAAUGUGGCUGUCCAAUGAUGAGCUUCAACUAUCAAAGAAUGAAUAUUUCCUCAUCAGAAGAGAUGGAGAUCAAAAUUCGAAGCAGUCUUCGAACAACAACUCCAGAAUUGUAUUUUCCUAUUUUUGCUAAUCGUAAAGAAUCGACUCAAUUCCAGAGACCUUUUCUAGCGCUGUUCCAGUCCCCGGGACCUGCAGUUGUUGAGGUUGAAGUUGGUUCUUGGAGUGAAAAUGUGGCAUCAAUUAACAUGGUUAUGCAGACUUGGCCUAUUUUGUCUGUUUGUUUGUUGUUCGGUAUUCUGGCAGGUUUUAUCGUAUGGGCCAUUGAGCAUCGAAAGAAUUCAGAAGAAUUUCCCGCCAAAUUUCCACACGGUGCUUUAGUCGGCAUAUGGUGGUCAUUCGUUACCAUGACAACAGUAGGGUACGGCGAUAAGACAACCCGCACUUUCUGGGGUCGUAUGUUCGCAGUGUUUUGGAUGGUUCUCGGGACUAUUGUAAUGUCCAUGUUUACUGGUCAAAUCACAGCUAAUAUUACGUCCAGUGAAAUAGCUACUGUUGACUUGAUGGAUACUAAGGUUGCUGUUCCCAUGGGUAUGAAGUCGUUUCUUGGACAGGAGUUCAACCUUGGUGCCCAGUAUUCGGACAUGACGUACAGUGAUAUGCAGAAAUUAUUGAUGACUCCAAAAGAUGAAUUGAAAUACUUUUUGAUACACGAUAAUGAAAUGGCAAGGAAGUGGAUGGUCAAUGAAACAAACGGCAAACUGAAGAUCGCCAAAAACAUUGACAAACAGUUCAUGAUCGGCUUGACGGUCACUGGUGACUUUAAACACAUUCAAGUAUUUUUCAGCUGUUUGCAAGAGGAAAUCAUCGAUAUUUACCAGAUUGAGCAGGCUAAAGAUAAACUGGCUGUGAAGUCAUCAGAGCCUGAGAGCGAAUCAGGACCCAACACACAAGUAUGGUUCAUUAUAUCGACUGCAACGAUAUUUGCUGUAUUCAGCCUGUUGGGUUUCCUGUGGGAAUGGAGGAGGAGAAGAAUGAUGUCCAGGCUUUCAUCUGACGUAGAGGAUUUUAGACGAACAAGAAAAGUAAUAGAGGUGCAGCCAGCUCGUGGUCAACAUCCCUGGGAAACAACGCAUCAUUAAAGAAAAUGCUGUACAGUUACAACAACAACUGAGUAGCAACAGCGAGAGCAGAAACAGAAGCAACAACAAUGGCAACAACAAUAACAGCAACAAGCAAGAACAAAAACAACAUU